GUUGGUGUAUCUGCAACAAAGGAUGUUGAGAAUGUGAAAGUUGGGGAAAGAAUGGAGGAAGAGGAGCCUCUGGUGGUGGAGCCUCUGCUAACAGUGACGGUUUCUGAUACGCAAGGAACGUCAAAUGGAGAGGAAGGUCAUGGUAAAAGGGUGGCGGAGGAGGAAAGUGGAACCAGAAAGUUGCCGAAAUCUUUUAGCACAAGCGUCGUGCCUCUGGAGAGGAGGAGAAUUUUGUGGACCAAUGAAGAGGAAGAAGCUUUAAAGGAGGGAGUGAAAGUAUUUUGGACCUCAGAAAGAAAGAACAUACCGUGGGAGAAAAUUCGUCAGGCUUACAAAGAUAGAUUUCACAGUUCACGUACUGCCGCUAAUCUCAAGGAUAAAUGGACUCGUAUGACCAACGAGAUUCUUUUACAAAAAAGAUGAUGGCAUCGACUCGUUGUUUUGAGCAAUUGCAGGUAUCUGAGAUGAAUGAUGUAGAGAUGCUAAGAGAGAAAGCUAUGACAUUCUCAAGUUGAGGUGUCUUUUGUGUACUAAAUACUAUAUGAUGUAGAGGUGUACUCAGAUUCUGUUUAAAUGUCCUUAGAGCCUGCAAAGCUUUUGAUUUAUGGCU